GCUUUGCUGACGGCAGCGUCACAUUUACAUACAUGUAAAUGUCGGCCUUCAUUCGCACAGUCAUGAUUUACAUUUCUGCUUCUGCUGCUCCGUUAUGAACAACAUGUGAGAGCAGCUGACAUGGACAUCAGUGACAAACGGACUCAAUAUUGAUGCUCCAUGCCAAAUAAUGAGAUCACAACAGCCUAAUAAUGUUCAUUUAAACUGACAUAUUACUCUAAAUCUGCCUUUAAGUCGCUCUGUUUGUUAGACUGGCGACUGAAGGUCCCUUCACCAAAAGAUCUCUGUCCAAACUCUUGGUGAAACUUGGCAGCCCUGAAUCUUCACAUCCAGAAGAAGAAGAAGAAGUCGAUCAAAGAAAAUGCUAAAUGUGAAAGUGACAAAGAGAAUCAACAAACAGCUGCCCUUCAUAACAACGCCGAACCUGCUCAAACGCGCUACAGUGAUGUGGGUCAGCUAUGUGCCUUCAUUCAGGAUAGUCCACAAGUAUAAGAACAGAUGUGACCAGCCCAAAGAACAGGAUGAGGAAUACAAAAAUCGAACAGAGGUGAAGAAAGACCUGCUGAAGACUGGAGACCUCAGUCUGACCCUGAAACACCCCAAUGAAGAGACAGACACAGGAACAUACUGGUUUGGAGUCAUCAAGGAGGGAAAGAUCCUGAGAGAGAAAAUAGUGAAGCUCAACGUCAAAGGGAGAAUUCAGAUCACUGAUCAAACAGUGGACAUCAGGAACAGAAGCAGAUCCACUGAUCCGACUCCUCUGAUGGCUGAUCGAUGUGUUCGAUCCUUGUGUGAAGGAGAGGUAUCGCAGGUCCUUCCUGCUGCUGUCAGACUUUACAGCCAGCGCUGCUCCCAGUAGACCUCAUAUGUGCACUAUACCAGAAAAAAAUUGACACAUAACCCUACCAGCUAUCCUUUUUUUUUUCUUUUUUUCCCACUACCUGGACAAUUUCCUUACUUAUACUUAUUUUUUAUUAACGCCACACCACUAAUUAUUACACUGUUCAGUGUAAAAUAUAAUGUAUAUACAAUGUAUGUUUCUAUUUCUUACCUUUUCAUCAUUUUUUAUUUUUUUACAAUUAUUGCUGUUGCAAGUAUUGCUGUUCUUUGGCUGCUGUGACAUAGAAAUUUCCGCACUUGUUGGAAAAAUAAAGGAAUUCUGAUUCUGACAUGUUGUUUAGAUCCUUUGAACUCUGACAGUAAAGCGUAAAUACAGCCUCAGAUGUACAGACAGCAUGUCUCCACUCUGUGUGACAGCAGCAUGAUGAUGGAUCUAUAGCUGUGAGAAUGAUGGAUUCAUGAGGCAGCA